AAAAUAGGACCUGACUGUCCUCAGCCCCCCCUCCCUCCUAAAAAUGCAUUCCCGACAUUUAUAGACCAGACGGCGCGGCAAAUUAUUCUCCACAUAGUGAGUGAAGGACGAAGAGGGAGAGAAAGAGACAGAAUCUGAAUUCCCCGACGUUUCAGCAAAUUGCUUCGGAAUUCCCAAUAGAUCCUCAUCCGUUUCAGUCCUUACCAGUUAUAUUUUCCAUUUUUGAAACGUAGAUACAGCAUUAUUACAGUAGAAAGCUAGGAAGAAGUAGAGAUAAAAGAGAGAGAGACGGAGAGAGGGGGGACUCAGGGACCUGAUAACAGGGACAACCACGAUCUGCGAGAAUCCUCUUGUAGCAAUCACCCACGAGAGCCCCCACAAUCAUGCCUUCAGGUGGUAAGAAGAGAAGGGCUGCAAAGAAAAAGAAAGGCAGCGAAACCCACACCAUCAAGCUCUCAACCAACAACACUCGAGGAAAUGACGAUUGGUCCCAAGAUGGGAAGGAAAGUGAUAAUAGCCCUGCAUCUCGGGACCAGGAUAGUGACCAAAAUCCAUUUAACGAGGGAAGCGAGGACUUGGAGGAGAGAGACCCUUCAUCCAUUCAGUCAUUUGUUGCCGAGGACAAGUCUAUGGAGGGAUUCCCUAUUAAUGUAGAGGGUGCACAGAAAAUAGGCUUAGAGGAUGAUGGUGUUAUUGAAAUUGAAAGGGAAUUGAAAUCGGAGGAGAACUUUGAGAGCAAAAAUGGUAGCAUUGAGCACGUUGAGUUGGCCAAGAAAUCACAUGAUGGCAAUGAUCAGAGCUCUAGCAGUAGUAGUUCAGAUGAUGAGGCACGAGUCACUAAUGGUAAACCAAAGGAGGCCUACAAUUCAGUUUUGGAAGCAAGUUCGUAUGAUGACUUGGUUAAGCCUGUGGACUCUUUGCCUGCAGAAGUGAUGUGGGUUAAUGAAAAUCCAUCAGUUGGGGAGACUGUUAAUUUAAUUGCCGAAACUGCCCCUUUUAUUGAAUCUGUAAAGACAGUGGCAUCUGUUUCCCAGGAGACAAUUCACAGGACUGAAAGUGCUCCAGUUGAGAAUCCAGUGAUUGCUGAUGUUGUUGAAUCAGGACCAAAAGAAAACCCUCAUGUUGAAUCUCCUAAUCUGGUGGUUUCUGUGUCCCAGGAGACAAUUUACAUGACUGAAAGUGCUUCAAUUCAGAAUCAAGUUGUUGCUGAUGUUGUUGAAUCAGGACCAAAAGAAAAUCCUGUUGUUGAAUUUCCUAAUCCAGCAGUAUCUGUGUCCCUGGAGACCAUUCACACGACUGAAAGUGCUCCAGUUGAGAAUCCAGCGAUUGCUGAUGUGGUUGAAUCGGGACCAAAAGAAAACCCUCUUGUCGAAUCUCCUAAUCCGGCAGUGUCUGUGUCCCAUGAGACAAUUCACUUGACUGAAAGUGCUCCAGUUGAGAAUAUCGUGGAUGCUGAUGUGGUUGAAUCGGGACCAAAAGAAAACCCUCUUGUCGAAUCUCCUAAUCCAGCAGUAUCUGUGUCCCUGGAGACCAUUCACAUGACUGAAAGUGCUCCAGUUGAGAAUCCAGUGAUUGCUGAUGUGGUUGAAUCGGGACCAAAAGAAAACCCUCUUGUCGAAUCUCCUAAUCCGGCAGUGUCUGUGUCCCAUGAGACAAUUCACUUGACUGAAAGUGCUCCAGUUGAGAAUAUCGUGGAUGCUGAUGUGGUUGAAUCAGGACCAAAAGAAAACCCUCUUGUCGAAUCUCCUAAUCCAGCAGUAUCUGUGUCCCUGGAGACAAUUCGCAUGACUGAAAGUGCUCCAGUUAUGAAUCCAGUGGUUGCUGAUGUGUUUGAAUCAAGAUCAAAUGAAAGUGAUGAAAAGUUGUUGCCUAAAUCAAGUCAGGCUCCAGUAGCUGUGAUGGAUUUGACAAUGAAUAAUAAUGAGGAGAGCAUAUUUUCUUUAUCUAAUGAUAAUGUUCAGGCAUCGUUGACCGUGGUGGAAUCAGUGUCAAAUGGAUAUGAGGGUAAAAUAUUGUCAUCAUCUAGUGUUCCUGUUGCUGCAACUAGUGAUAGUGCAGCACAUGUCAAAGAUUCUGAGAUUCCUGAAUAUUCUGAAAGCCAGCCUCUGGUAGCACCAGCCCCACGUAUGGUGAAAAGAACCUCCUGGCUGAGUUGCUGUGGAUUGUUUGAGGUUCUAACAGGCACCGGGAGAUAAAUUCAGAAACAGAGCAUGGAUGGGUUUCAGUGGAAUGGUGAAAGCUUGUGAAAGUUCAGAAGGAUUUGGUCUAGAGGAAAUUUUGAUUUGUCCAGCUAGAAAACUGUUCUUGGUUUUUCCCAAUAAAUAACCGGCCAAGAGGUCUGAUCAGAUAAACAGUCUUAGGGUUUGUGGUGAAUGAAUACUUGUAGGCGGCUUGGUGUCAGUAGCUUUCGGUACACGCCUUGUUAAUCUUGUAGUCUAGUGCUUUUUCUAGAUGGUGUGUUGUACUUAAGUCUUAAAAACAGUUUCUUUUGCAUCAUUGGGUAGGGUGGUGAUGUGAUCUGGCUUUUGCAAGUUCUUAGGUGAUAUCAAUAUUCCUUUGAUUGCUGUCAUGGUGUUAUUUUAUAGAUGGUGUCUACUCUUCUUCAACAAAUUUAUAUUUUGCUUUUA